AUGGAGAAUAUUGAUGUUUAUAUGGAAUCAAAAUCAUUCCAUACGGAAACAUGGGCACCAGAACGUGGAAACAUUCUUAGAGAUUUGAUAUCAAUCAGAGAUGACAUCCAGAAACAACGUCUGAGGUAUUCUCUUGGUUGUAUUUCAUAUGUAACCAUAGGACUCCUUAGCGGAAGUCUCGCUCUGGCAGGAAUAAUGGCCGAUUCCUGCGCCAUGGAGCCACUUGCUCUGGUGCUGACAAUGGUUGGCCUUGUGACAGGGAUACUAUCCGGGGGAGCUGGACUAAUUCUUGGGGGAAUGAAAAUUGUAGUAAUAAAGCGGAAGUGUGCGUUGGCAAUGGCAUGUUUAGAAAAACACGAGGAAACUUGUAAAAAGAUGAAAGCAAAACUGAAGGCUGUGAAGAAAAACAUCGACGCGUUUAAAGCUGAUACACGGGCACACAAUAAUUUGGAUACAUCUCAACUGAAAGAGGAAAUAAAAUGCUCAGCUGGCAGCGUGCCCCUUGCAUUUAAAAUAGAUGACUUAGUGACCACGUCCAAAGCAGCAGAAGCAUAUAGAAUAACAGGAAACAAGGACAAAAUAGUAGAACUCUUCAAGAUUGGAGACGCUUUAGACGACCUACUACCAACCGCAUUAAAGGAUGUUUCUGAAGAAUGCGCCACAAUAUCAGUGUUAAGCACCGUUGCUGCCAUCGGUAUUUUGAUUGACAUUGGUUCCUUGAUUUGGAAUGUGUUAGAGUUUACAAGGCUUCGAAAGGGGAUGCUUUGCAACGAAGCAGAGAGUCUCAAUAAGGUUAUUGUUUCGUUGCAGAGAGAGUAUGAUGUGUUAGAAAGAUGUUUUAUUUGA